AGAUAUUAGCAUACUGCAUGUUGUGUAUUCGGUUGGCAGGAGAGACUACUACGUCACCACAGGAUUAAUGUUGAAGAUAUGUCUUAGAUGGCCAUGGUAUUUACUGUGGAAACAUUGUGAUUAAUCUGAACGCUAUCAUGGAUUAACUUCGAAAGAAAUCGUUUGAGAACCUGUAAUUCCACCGAAACCACGAACUCUCCACUUCCUAAAAUAUUCUUUUUUAUUUCAUUAUGGAGAUGUUUGAUUCUAUGUGUCGGUCCUCGAUGUACCUAUCGGGACUAAUGAACAUCGUCACUGGCCGAGAGGACGAGUUGGCCCUCAAGAGAAAAGUAGAUGAAAUGAUGUGGUAUCCACACGACACAGACGAUCUCCACCGGAAAUACUUCGGCGGAAGUCGAUCUGAAGGAUUAUGGUUACCAGGAUCUGAUAUGGACAUCAUGCUGGUUGUCAGGGAUACCGUUGUAUUAAGUCUGAACGCAGAUGAACACUACAAGAAGUACUUACGACGCCAUGCAUUGAUUAUGAGGAAUGACGAUUGCAGGCCUGGUCACGUGGUACUGCAAGUUGGAAAUAUUUCAGUCUUCACGAAAUCCGCGUUUCAGUUGGCCAUUAUUGAACACAAAGGUAUGAAGGUUGUGUCCAGUAGCAUGUUCCGAAGCAAAUUAGCAUCGUUACACCCAGAAGUCGUUGAGCAUGGUCCAUGCGCCAGUAUCUUGGAUAAUCCCGAUAUUGAAAUCGAUGUAGCGACCGGCUUCCACUGUCCUGAAUGGCCAGAUAUAGCUCGUGACUGGAUUACCAGGAGUAGGCCCCAUGGUUGGCCGACGGCUGAUAUGAUCGAACACAUCGUCAAACAGGGCUGUCAUGUGGUUCCUAUAGGAGACAAGACAUCAAAAAACGUGUCUGUUGAAUGGCGCAUAUCUUUCUGCCGAGCUGAGAGAUAUUUGGUACAUUCACUCAACCACCUUCAGUUCAAGGUAUAUGCUCUCCUGAAACUGUUUCUGAAGCAGGUCAUCAAUAAACAUUAUGAAGUUCGAGACCUCAUUUCCUCUUACUUUUUGAAGACAGUAGUUUUCUUCGUCGCCGAGAACACACCAAAACACUUUUGGUCAAAUGGUGCUCUCUUAUUCAUCAACUAUCAGAACUGCUUAAACAUGCUGGCUAAUUGGGUACGAGAAGGUUACUGUCCAAAUUACUUCGUUCCCAAAAACAACAUGUUUCUCGGUCGAGUAUUUGGAAAAGGACAAGAAAUCCUUGCUAAUAUUCUAGAUAAAUAUUGUAGAAAAGGCAUGGUGAUGUUAAAGGAAUGCGAGUAUUUCGAGAAUUUGAACACAACCCCUUCUAUGAAAGAUUUGGUGGAUUUGGAACUGGUGUUAAUGAACGCCAAAGAAAGGGAAUUCAGAAAGGACAUGAUUGUAUACAUGUCAAAUACGGUGAUAUAUCCCAUGGACGAAAGGAAUGCAAUGAAGUCAAUGAGACGUUCAUUGAAGUUCUUCGGUGACUCCGAAACGUUCGAAGAUGAGAAUAUGCGCUGGAUUCUUCUGCUGAACACAUUGCUUGGUAAGCUUUCAAUACUGGACGAUAAGCAAGAAAAGCAAGCUUCUGACACUGAUGACAUGAAUCAGGAAUCGAAGUCAAAUGAGACCAGUACAUCAACAGUGACACAGAAAGCGUCAAACACCAGCUUAGAGCAAAACAUCACACACUGUGAUACGUCCUGCAGUUUAUCAACCACUGAUCCGAAAUCAGAUCGCGAUGGAACAGAGUGUAAAGUGACUGGUCUGACAAGGAAACAAACCAACAAAGAGCGAUACAAGGAGUUACGCCGAUGUAAAUACUCACUGAUGCACUGUACACAGGUAGACUUGAGUAGGGGCUGGCUGACACUGGCCUCUUUCCUCUACAUGCUAGGUAGUUAUAACAGCGUCUUACGAAUCCUACGACAGGUAAAAGAGUCCUACUGUCACUUCACAGUCUUCAAGAGCUCUAAUGGGGGUAUCAUGCCGGAUCAAGAUCGAGAUAAUGCAUACAAAAAGGACAUUUGUAUCCACGGCCUUUCGAUUAGAAACAAAACGGCUGCAGUCCUGUCUCUCGACGUCUUUGUCAGCGACAUCAACCGUUUCUGCCUAGAUGAGCUGCGAUGUUUGGUAGAAGAUAUGUUGACGGGGUUACAUAUACCCCCUCUACCAUACGCUGCCUUUGUGGCGUUCCUUUGCCACUACCGUCUCGGUGACCUAGAAAAACAGUACCAAGCGUUAGAAGAACUCCGAACCCUGACGUCACACAAGGAGCAAGGGGCGCAUAUACAUCCAGUCGUCCAUAACCUUGUAGGAUUAUGCCUCGAACUGACCGGCGACAAGUCCGCAGCUAUUGACCAAUAUACGGAAUCACUGAGGAGGAGACCAACGCAUAACGGAGCCAAUAAAAGAUUGAAGGAACUGGGGAUCGAAAUGAUCUACCAGCGACCGCUACAGUCGUAGACAGUUACGUCUACAGUACAAAGACCUCGGGAUAGAAAUGACUGACCAACGACCUCUACGUCUCACGUACACAGACCUCGGGAUAAAAUGACUGACCAACGAUCGCUACGUCUCACGUACACAGACCUCGGGAUAAAAUAAUCUACCAACGACCUUUACGUCUAACGUACACAGACCUCGGGAUAAAAUGACUGACCAACGACCGCUACGUCUCCAGUACACAGACCUGGGGAUAGAAAUGACUGACCAACGACCUCUACGUCUCUAGUACACAGACCUCGAGAUAAAAUAAUCUACCAACGACCUCUACCUCUCAAGUACACAGACCUCGGGAUAGAAAUGACUGACCAACGUGCUAUACGUCUCACUUACACAGACCUCGGGAUAGAAAUGAAUGACCAACGACCUCUACGUCUCGCAUACGCAGACCUCGGAAUAAAAUAAUCUACCAACGACCUCUACGUCUCACGUACACAGACCUCGGGAUAGAAAUGACUGACCAACGACCUCUACGUCUCUAGUACACAGACCUGGGGAUAGAAAUGACUGACCAACGACCUCUACGUCUCUAGUACACAGACCUCGGGAUAGAAAUGACUGACCAACGACCUCUACGUCUCUAGUACACAGACCUCGGGAUAGAAAUGACUGACCAACGACCUCUACGUUUCACUUACACAGACCUCGGGAUAAAAUAAUCUACCAAGGACCUCUACGUCUCAUGUACACAGACCUGGGGAUAGAAAUGACUGACCAACGACCUCUACGUCUCUAGUACACAGACCUCGGGAUAAAAUGACUGACCAACGACCGCUACGUCUCACGUACACAGACCUCGGGAUAAAAUAAUCUACCAAGGACAUCUACGCCUCACGUACACAGACCUCGGGAAAAAAUAAUCUACCAACGACCUCUACGUCUCACGUACACAGACCUCGGGAUAAAAUGACUGACCAACGACCUCUACGUCUCCAGUACACAGACCUGGGGAUAGAAAUGACUGACCAACGACCUCUACAUCUCUAGUACACAGACCUCGAGAUAAAAUAAUCUACCAACGACCUCUACGUCUCAAGUACACAGACCUCGGGAUAGAAACGACUGACCAACGACCUCUACGUCUCACUUACACAGACCUCGGGAUAGAAAUGACUGACCAACGACCUCUACGUCUCAUGUACGCAGACCUCGGGAUAGAAAUGACUGACCAACGACCUCUACGUUUCCAGUACACAGACCUCGGGAUAGAAAUGACUGACCAACGACCUCUACGUCUCACGUACACAGACCUCGGGAUAAAAUAAUCUACCAACGACCUCUACGUCUCAUGUACGCAGACCUCGGGAUAGAAAUGACUGACCAACGACCUCUACGUCUCACGUACACAGACCUCGGGAUAGAAAUGAAUGACCAACGACCUCUACGUCUCUAGUACACAGACCUCAGGAUAGAAAUGACUGACCAACGACCUCUACGUUUCACUUACACAGACCUCGGGAUAGAAAUGAAUGACCAACGACCUCUACGCCUCACGUACACAGACCUCGGGAUAGAAACGACUGACCAACGACCUCUACGUCUCACGUACACAGACCUGGGGAUAAAAUAAUCUACCAACGACCUCUACGUCUCACGUACACAGACCUCGGGAUAGAAAUGACUGACCAACGACCUCUACGCCUCACGUACACAGACCUCGGGAUAGAAACGACUGACCAACGACCUCUACGUCUCACGUACACAGACCUGGGGAUAAAAUAAUCUACCAACGACCUCUACGUCUCACGUACACAGACCUCGGAAUAGAAAUGACUGACCAACGACCUCUACAUUUCCAUUACACAGAUCUGGGGAUAGAAAUGACUGACCAACGACCUUUACGUCUCUAGUACACAGACCUCGAGAUAAAAUAAUCUAACAACGACCUCUACGUCUCCAGUACACAGACCUCGGGAUAGAAAUGACUGACCAACGACCUCUACGUCUCACUUACACAGACCUCGGGAUAGAAAUGAAUGACCAACGACCUCUACGUCUCGCAUACGCAGACUUCGGAAUAAAACAAUCUACCAACGACCUCUACGUCUCCAGUACACAGACCUCGGGAUAGAAAUGACUGACCAACGACCUCUACGUCUCUAGUACACAGACCUCGGGAUAGAAAUGACUGAACAACGACCUCUACGUCUCACGUUCACAGACCUCGGGAUGGAAAUGACUGACCAACGACCUCUACGUUUCCAGUACACAGACCUCGGGAUAGAAAUGACUGACCAACGACUUUUACGUCUCAAGUACACAGACCUCGGGAUAGAAAUGACUGACCAACGACCUCUACGUCUCACUUACACAGACCUCGGGAUAGAAAU